AUGCGAAACUGUCGCUCGUCCAGGGCGAAGAAUGAAAGGCUGCUGCCGCUGCUGUCUUUUCGGGCAUAUUGUGGUCGAUGGUUGUGGGAAUCGUGCAGCUGUAGAAAUAAAAUGCCGUUUGUGCCCGCAUUAAACACGACCUAGUGGCUGCCUCCGUUCGACAACCUGGUUACCCGAAAAGCCUGAGCUGGGCAGACGUGCAGCAGGGCCAUGGACACUCCGGACCUGCUGUCUGCAGCCCUGGAUGAGUCCGGCAUUGGGGAGGAGGAGGUGGCCAACCACAACAACAUGCAGGACAACCCCAUGAACCCCUCCCGCUUUCAAAUCCCGUCACACCUGAUGAACUUCCUGCCGCCGCACAUGAUCCAGCAGAUGGCGGCGCACAUGGCCCAGCAGAUGGCGACGCACAUGGCCCAACAGAACUCGUUCCAGCCUCCCGGCUCGAGCAAGUUCCUCGGCGGGGGGGACAAGGGGCCUGGGGGGGGCGCCAUGCCCUACUUCAUGAUGCCCCCCUUCGGGUACAAGGCGACCAAUGGCUCCACCCCCUUCCCCAUGUUCCGGCCCCCCUUCGACAUGAAGUACGCCAUGGGCCCCGGCGGGAUGCCCCUGCCGCCGCAGCAGACGGGCGAGGAUGCCGAGGAAGAGGAAGAACUUGGACUGGCAGAGACCUACGCAGAGUACACGCCCUCCAAACUCAAGAUUGGGGAGCGUCACCCGGACGCCGUGGUGGAGACGAGCUCGCUGUCGAGCGUGGCGCCCCCCGCGGUGUGGUACAACCUGUCCAUCCCGGAGGAGAUCAUCGACCGGGGCCUGCUGUCAGCCCUGCAGCUCGAGGCCAUUGUGUAUGCCUCCCAGCAACACGAGGUGGUACUCGCCGACGGCAGCCGGGCAGGCUUCCUCAUCGGCGAUGGUGCCGGUGUGGGAAAAGGACGAACCAUCGCGGGGAUCAUCUACGAAAACUACCUACUAGGACGGAAGAGGGCUAUCUGGGUGAGCGUGUCCAACGAUCUCAAGUAUGACUCCGAGAGGGACCUCAGGGACAUCGGUGCUGGAAAACUUGAGGUCCAUUCUUUAAACAAGUUCAAGUACGCGAAGAUAUCCUCGAAGGUGAAUGGCAGUGUGAAGAAGGGCGUCAUAUUCUCCACGUACUCGUCUCUGAUUGGGGAGAGUCAGAGCGGCGGCAAGUACAAGACCCGGCUCAAGCAGCUGCUGCACUGGUGCGGCGAUGAUUUUGACGGCGUCAUUGUAUUUGACGAGUGCCACAAGGCGAAGAACCUGUGCCCCGUGGGCUCGUCCAAGCCCACCAAGACGGGGCUCACGGUGCUGGAGCUGCAGAACAAGCUGCCCAAGGCGCGGGUGGUGUACGCCAGCGCCACGGGGGCCUCGGAGCCCAAGAACAUGGCCUACAUGACGCGCCUGGGCAUCUGGGGCGAGGGCACCCCCUUCCGGGAGUUCUCCGACUUCAUCUCGGCCGUGGAGAAGCGCGGCGUCGGGGCCAUGGAGCUCGUCGCUAUGGACAUGAAGCUUCGGGGAAUGUACAUGGCUCGCCAGUUGAGCUUCUCCGGCGUCUCCUUCAAGAUCGAGGAGAUACCCCUGGUGAAGCCGUUCAUCGCAAUGUACAACGAGUCCGUGAAACUGUGGGUGGAUGCGCGUGCCAUGUUCCAAGAGGCGGCGGAGCUGAUGGAGGGAGACUCCCGUAUCAAGAAGACCAUGUGGGGCCAGUUCUGGGCCUCUCACCAGCGGUUCUUCAAGUACCUCUGCAUCGCUUCCAAGGUGCCCUUCGUCGUGUCCCUCGCCAGGGAGGCGGUCAAGAACGACAAGUGCGUCGUGAUUGGCCUGCAGUCAACGGGGGAAGCGAGGACACUGGAGCAGCUGGAGGAGCAGGGAGGAGAGCUCUCAGACUUCGUGUCGACAGCCAAGGGCGUCCUACAGACGCUGAUCGAGAAACACUUCCCGGCGCCCAACCGCAAGAAGACUUUGAAACUCUUGGGGUUGGACGGCAUCGUAGAGGAGCCAAACCCCUCGCCGCCCCCGUCUUCGUCGACGGGGGGACACAAGCGCAAGAGUGCUCGCCAGGCUCGGCAGGGGGUGAAGCGCUACAGGGAAGCGUCAUCGGGGGACGACAGCGAGGCAGAGGUGAAGAGCGAGCCUGAGAGCGACUUUGAGCCGUCUGUGUCCAGUUCCGCAGCCGAGGACUCCGAGGGAAGCUCGGCCGUUGAAUCGGACGCAGAGGACGACUUCAACCCGUUCGGCGACGACUCGGACAGUGACGACCCCUGGGCCAGUCGUAAGAGCAAAUCCAAGGGCAAGAGCAAGAAGCCCAAGGCGAAGAAGAAUCGGAAGCACGAGAAGGCCCUAGGGAACGGCACCGCUCCGCAGCCCCAGCGGGCGGCCCCGACGGUGGACUCUGAGAAGAAGGCGGCGGCCAUGAAGCAGGAUCUGCUGGACCGGCUGGAGCGCCUGGGGGACAAGCUGCCCCCCAACACCCUGGACCAGCUCAUCGACGAGCUGGGCGGGCCGGACAACGUGGCCGAGAUGACGGGCAGAAAAGGGCGGGUGGUGAGCACGGACAACGGCACCAUCCAGUACGAGUCGAGGUCAGAGGUGGACGUGCCCCUGGAGACCCUGAACCUGACGGAGAAGCAGAGGUUCAUGGACGGGGAGAAGCACAUUGCCAUCAUCUCGGAGGCGGCGAGUUCGGGCAUCUCGCUGCAGUCCGACCGCCGGGCGAAGAACCAGGCCCGUAGGGUCCACAUCACUCUCGAGCUGCCCUGGAGCGCCGAUCGAGCGGUGCAACAGUUCGGUCGGACGCACCGGUCGAACCAGGUGAAUGCCCCAGAGUACAUCUUUCUCAUCUCGGACUUGGCGGGCGAGCGAAGGUUCGCUUCCAUCGUGGCCAAGCGUCUCGAGAGCCUGGGCGCCCUCACUCACGGUGACCGGAGAGCCGGCGAGUCCAGAGACCUGUCGAGGUUCAACAUCGACAACAAGUACGGUCGGGCAGCCCUGGAGACCAUGAUGAGGGGCCUGAUGGAGAUGGAGGUCCCGCCCCUGGUGCCCCCACCCGAAGACUGGGAGGGCGACUUCUUUGCCGACUGCAGGAAGGCCCUGGUCGGCGUGGGCCUGGUGAACGAAGAUGAGUUCAACAAGAUGCAGAACCUGGACAAAGACUACAACAACAUGAGCAAGUUCCUGAACCGCAUCCUGGGCAUCCCCGUGGAGCUGCAGAACGCCAUGUUCAAGUACUUCACGGACACCCUGGACGCCAUCAUCUCGGAGGCCAAGAAGACCGGCCGCUACGACCUGGGCAUCCUCGACCUGGGCACGUCCGGGGACAAUGUGCGGCGGGUGAAGGUGGACGAGUUCAUCCGGUCCCACGCGACUGGCACUGCCAAGACGGAGCUGCACACGGUUAGCGUGGAGCGGGGCCUCUCCUUCGAGGCCUCCCAGGACCUCUGGAAGGAGCUGGUGGGCAAGGACGAGGGCUACUACCUCUCCAACCAGGUGCGCAAUGGCAAGAAGACGGCGGUGCUGGCGGUGUGCGACCAGGCCCGGCGCUCCAAGGAGAAGAAGGACAAGCUGUUCCGGCUGUACCGGCCCAACACUGGCCUGCAGGUCCGGCACGAGAGUCUCACCGAACUCAAGAGCAAGUACAAAAAGGUCACUCCCGACGACGCCCAGCCCCAUUGGAAGGAACAGUAUGAGUCGUCGGAAAACACCUGCAGUCACGUCUACUGGUACAGCAGCUGCCGCAAGAAGACCAUGGGCCUGACGUGCGAGGUGGGGCUGCGGCGGCGGACAUACCACGUGCUCAGCGGAUCGGUGCUGGCUGUCUGGGCCAAGGUGGAGAGCGUGCUCAGCUCGGUGCACGGACACCACAACUCCUCCAAGCUGCAGGUGGUGCGACUCAAGACAGAGGACUCCCUCCGCAUCGUCGGCACCAUUAUUCCAAGCAACUGCGUCGCCCCCCUAAUCAACGUGUUGUCCCAAGACGCAGAGAAGACACACUCGGAAACCUUCUGAAGGCCGGGAUCGUCGGUUAGUGCUCCACCAAGUAACCAGCCACCCACCACUCCGAGAGGAACCACCUCGCGAGACAUUUUUUCUUUUUUCUUUGGUGCCCUCUGCAGAACAAAAUUGGUAGCAGGGCUCGUCGGAAAGGGGGGAAAAAAAAGCUCUUCUCUUGGCGUCGUGUGUUCUACAUUGUGGGAACCUUCACUCCUUAUUUCUUUCCCUUUCCUCACACUGUCUCAUUCCCUCCUUUCCUCCGUGUGUCUGUCCUUUCGUGUAGGAAAGCAAACGAGGGGGAACCCACCCUGCAUGCGACGAUUGCGGAGACGCAAAACACGACGAGCUAUGAAAGAGGAGGUUCUUCUGUCUCCCCGUUUUUGUGGUGGGAAAAGAGUGUGGGAGUUAAGGAAACUGUCCCCCCAAUUUGUGGAGGGCACCUUAGCAGUGCGAAAGAGCGGGAAAAUCCCUUUUCUGACCAGAGGGAGGGGGCAUGUAUGAGUAACAUGUGCGUGUACAUGACGUGUGUAUGUGCGAGGGAGAGAGAGCCUACGGCCAGCCUUUUGUAGAUAUUGUCACUUUUUUUUUUCCUCGUUUACUCAUUCUUGUCAGUUUCCCGGAAAAGGCGUGCAAUCCCACGAAAACAAAAGUAUGCAUGCCGGUCGGUCAUCCUGUGACGUUUGUUCUUCGUUUGGUUGUUGUCUUUUACGUGUUCUUUGUGUCGGGCGUGGUUGCCGACGGUUGAGGGAGCGUCCGUUAUUCUGUCCUUGCCCUUUUUUUUUUCCUCAUGUAUGUGCUUCGUUUGCGUUGGAUUUUUGUUUACCCCCGUCCCCUCCCUCACUGCCGUCCUGCAAGGACGGGCGUCCCUCGUUUUCCUUCCGCCUUUUGUUACGUCUGCCGGUAAAUCAAUCAAUCAGUUGAGUCGGAUCGUGCGACGCGCUCUCCCGGGCUCUCCCCCCCCCUCCCCGGUGCGAUGUCUGGCGAUGGAGGGGUGGGUCAAGAGGCAAAAAAAAUGUGCUGAAGCGUGACCGAGUCUAGUGACCAAGUGUUGCGUAACGAAACAUUAUUUAUUACUCUUUGCUCCGUGAAGCGGUGUUUAUAGUCCAGUGUGUGGUCAGGUAGUGUUUCAAAGAAGUUCUUCAAUCCUUGUAGGGUCUUUCACUUUCUCUUUAUUUUAUUCUCUCGUAAAGAUCGAUCGGAGGAGGGUAGUCAAGUUGCUUCCAGAAAGGCAUUGCACUGCUUCGUGUUUCCAGGGUACACACUGCUGCUGUAUGAAGAAUGGGGGUUUGUGGGACUUUUUCUUUCUUGUGUGCAGAAGUUGGGCUAUUUGGUGAACCCUUUUCUGUCAUUGACUGCACUGUUUUUAAAAAAAUUAAUUUUAUGUGGACUCUCAGGAGCAAUGUAGGAGGAUGCACAUACGUACAGCUUAAGUUUUCUUUUUACAUUCAAAACAAAAAGCUUUUGUUUGUCGAGUUUCCCUUGCUUGUUGCUAGCGAUGUACAAAAAGAUGCCAAGCUUGACGAUUCUGUAGUUCAAAAAACGCGGGAAGAGAAGAAUGAGUACUGUCGGUAGCCACUGUCUGUCUUUGCAGCGAUUGCUGGUGACUGCCAUUGUUUCUUGCGAUAAAAGAUGUUUCACUUACCCUCGGUUCGUGCUGAAACUUUCCACGCUACGAAAAUUUGUUAGCUGCAUCUUGAAUUAAAUUUGAAGCUAAUUGUUAAAUGUUCUGAAGUUUUUGCCUUUUCAUUUCUUCAAUAAAUGCUUCCAUUUUUACCUAUUUUAUGCGUUAUCAUGCUACCGACAUCAACAAGCCCUGGCGGUUAGUCUCAUGCUAGGUCUGCAGCAAUCUGUUUGACUUUGAAAGUUGUUGACCCGGAAAAAUCGUUGCUUGUUGUGACGAGCAUAUUUGUAUGUUGGCUACAAAUUGGUAGAUAGGAACGAAAAUUGAUGUGCAUUCUUUCUGUGGAAAUAAAAACGGCGCAGAAAGACGAGGACCAGACAAAGAAGCGACACGGACGUGGCGCUGCGUCCGUGUCACUUCUUUGUCUGGUCCUCGUCUUUUUGCGCUGUUUUUAAUUCCGAAGUAUGUAUUAACUCGCCCAAGCCUCAACUUUAGCAUCAUUCUUUCUGGUUCACGAACAGUUGGCAUAUGCUAUGUUUUUCUCCGGGAGAGGGGGUGUACCUCUCUUACAUUUUCCACCUACGAGACAAAUCAUUGAGGGUGCACCGUCAUUCCUUGUUUGAGAUACGUCCAAGAACGAGCUACGUAUAAACAGCAUUUUCUCGUUUCUUAAUGUGGCGGUGGAAGACGUCACGCCUGUGUCAUUUACCUUAUCGUCUGCAUAGAGUCCGCCACGGAUGUAGCUUAGCCACAGUCGUAGCAACGUGCACCCCUUGGGGCCGGGGAUGGGAGUGUUCCCGGCCUCAUGCUCUGGAGGCAUCUUGAGUACACAUCGCAGAGAGUACAGUUCAUGAUUAGCCCCUGCUUGGUUUUGUGAUGGAAACGUGCUGCAUAACUCCUUUCCCCAAGGUCUUCGAACCAUCUACCAUACGGUGCCCUUUUUUUUUUAAUUUCGAUUAUUUGUUGAUACGAUCCAUGAACUGCAUUUGGUGUUAUCCACCCGUCAUGUUUGGAACAUUAAAGACCUUCGAAAUUCAUG